AGUCUUGAAAAACCUCGUCCACUUUCCAUCUGAUGGAUCUUCCCCAAAAACACAGUCCUCGAAUUUACCCACACACGCCUUUUCUAUUUAAUUCAAUUGAUGACAUAUGUUUGUAAGCUUUCGCCAGCUCAGCUCAAUCUGUUCCCCCUAUAACAAAAGCCCAAAUGAACUCUCUUUUCUAUCUCUCACGCAGACGUUAUAAAAAACCCUCCUUUAUAACGCUCUCUUUAUCAGAUCUCCUCUUUGCAGAGGGCGUUUGAGGUAGGGGGAGAAUGAGCGAAGUGAGAAAGCGAAAGAAUAUGGAGAACGGUGUUACAAUGUUAUUCAGCGAUGAUGAGGUAAGAGACAUGACUGGAUUCAAACGGUGCGAUGAUUACGUGGAGGUGACGUGUGGGUGCACCAGCCAUACCUACGGCGACGCUGUUGGAACGCUUAGGGUUUUCGCUUCGGGUGAUCUUGAAAUCCACUGUGAAUGCACUCCUGGUUGCCAAGAAGACAAAUUGACACCCGCUGCAUUUGAGAAGCAUUCUGGACGAGAAACUGCCAGGAAAUGGAAGAACAAUAUUUGGGUCAUUGUUGAUGGUGAGAAAGUUCCAAUAUUUAAAACUGCGCUGCUCAAAUAUUACAAUAAAGCAUUAAAAAAUGCCAAUGGAUCUCACCGGUCCCAAACUGGGAAACCCUGUCACCGUGAUGAGCUUAUUCGAUGCAGUCAGUGCAACAAAUUGCGCAGGUUCCGUCUCCGCUCCAAGGAGGAAUGCCGAAUUUACCAUGACAUUUUGUUAAAUGCGAAUUGGAAGUGUUCAGAUGUGCCUUAUGACAAAAUUACAUGUGAUGAUGAUGAAGAACGAGCAAGCCGCAGAGUGUACAGGGGCUGCACUCGCUCUCCAACGUGCAAAGGAUGCACUACCUGUGUGUGUUUUGGAUGUGAAAUUUGCCGUUUCUCUGACUGCGGCUGCCAAACCUGCUCAGACUUCACAAAGAAUGCUGAGGAGGCUUAAGCCAGCCCAAUUAGUGUUCUUCUAUACUGAUUUAUUGCGACAUCUUCUUGCUAUCAUUAAUUACUCAAAUCCGAGCUCAUUUUAAUAGAACUUCUACAUUUUUUUCUUCUUUAAAUUGAAUUUUCAGUUCACCUAUCAGAUGUUAAUUCUUUCA